AUGAAACUCAAGAAAUUGUUUUACCGUUUAAUGAUGCUAUCAACUUUCGCGUUGCUUUCGUUUUACGACACUGAAGCGGUGGAACUUCUUACGUCGAAUGCUACGUGGGACGAAACUCAUCAGAACUCGAGGAGAUUUCUGUCAACACCUGCGACUCAUAACAACAAUGUCCAAAAAUUAUUGAUAGAUCUGGAAAGUUCGAUUGGAAAAAUGAGUUCUGUCACAUCACGUAUAUGGAAUCGCAUCAAACACAUCAAGCUGGUUCAAAAGGGGGUGGAAUUAAAGCAUAGGAAGAACGGGUACAUAAAGCUGGGUGAGGAGGACAAGAAAUCGAAGCCUAGGCAGGAAGUUAAAAGUGUUGGGGUAUUGAAAGAAUUGUUCUUGAAGUCGCUUAUGCCCAGUGUGUAUUUAAAACUCGCUGACAAUAAAAGCGAAGCUAUCAAGGCUCUCUUUAUACAUUAUGAUGUUGGAAGUGUGACGUCGAACAUCUUUUCAAGUUCGCAAUUCAAGAAGUGGUUUGCUGUUAUUAAUGACGCCUACUCUAACGAGUCUCAGCACGGUUACGAGAGAACUCUUGAGGCUUUGAUCACUACGUUUGGCAAAGAGAGAAUAUACAAGGAUUUGGCCAAGGCUUGGGAAGAUCCAAGUGCGCGAGAGGCUGGCAAGCUACUGGAUCGUGCUCUUUCAAACAUAUGGGUGAAAAAGGGUUUGAAACACAAUUCGGUACAGCAAGACUUCUUGAAGUGGUUCUAUUAUAGAUCGUUCAAGAACUGGUAUUUUCCUACGAUUGAUUUUCUGCUAGAUGAAAUGGAGAAAAUUGGCUUUUUAUAUGGAUUUAGCGCCAUGCUGAAAACAGCGGAAACUCGAGUGAGAGAUGUUGGCGACUACGAUGCCAGAAUCACAAAAUUGGAAGAAUGGAAGCAAAAGAACUUGUCAGAUAUGGAUUUGUUCGUCAUGUUGGACUUCGAAGACCGCCACAACAAGAUUUUGCUUACUAGUGAUGAACUCUACACCUGGUAUGAUUUCGCGAAGUUAAAAAAAGGCAAUCCAUCCGAGGCUUUGCGAGAUAAGCUGUAUCGGCAAGGAUCUGAAGAAGAUGUAGCCGUACUUCUUUCUGUUGUCGCCAAAGAACGCGAUCACUCCCUUGGCGAGGAAACGCUUGAUGCAGUGUUUCAGAGAUGGAAAAAAAAAAGAACAGAUCAUCAAGUCGCAUCUGGUCUUUUUUCCAGAAGAGGUAACAAGGAUAUUUUCAAUAGAGAGGAGAUGUAUGUAUUUGACUCCUACAUGCGAUUUCGCCACAAGUCUGGUCCACACAAAUUGAUGUAUGAAGAGCUGAGUUUGUUUUUUGGAGACAAGUUUGAUGAAAUGUUAGCUAAAGCCGUAGAACGCGGCAACUUGAUUGCGAUGAGACUUUACUGGGCCAAGAGAAGUAAGUAA